CUCAAGCUAGCCCUACUGCGACCACUACAGUACUAGUACACCACUCACAGCCUUGUGCUGCCGCCACUCCCAACUCCCAUUCCUAGCGUAGCUCCCCUUCUUCUUCUCCAUCCUGGCUUUUCCUCCUCCUCCUCCAUUUUCUUUCCCCUUUUCCUCAGACCCUCUUUUCCAGUUUGUGCUGUCGUCUGCUGUGCUCUCUGCCUCCAGCUUUAAUUUCUCUCUUGCACCUCCAAAACUCCUUUCCCCUCAUUUCCCAGCUCCUUCCUGUCGGUGCCGCGUCGUCUUCGCGCUGCUGAUCACGCCGGGCCGGGCAUCAUUCCUGCGCUCAAGUGCCUGCACCCUCUUCGUCCUCACGCUGCAAUCCUACGCAGGGAGAGCACAGCCUUCAUUCGCUGCUCUUCGAUGGAUACGCGUGCCGUGGUUCUUUUGUGCCUCCUCUGCGUUCUGUUUCCCAGCGGGGCUGAUGCCAUCUCCACUGGAACCCCCGACGGAAGCGAGCGUUGGGGCUACGUGGAGACCCGGCCAAAUGUGAAAAUGUUCUGGUUGUGGUAUAGGAGCCCGCAGAGGGUCUCCACGCCGGCGAGACCAUGGCCUACUGUUCUUUGGCUACAAGGCGGCCCGGGAGGGUCUGGCGUCGGCCACGGCAACUUCCUGGAGAUCGGGCCACUGGACGUCAACUUGCAGCCGCGCCAGUGGACAUGGCUCAAGGUUGCCGACCUCAUCUUCGUAGACGCUCCGGUGGGCGUUGGGUACAGCUACACGGAGAACCCUAGCGCGCUGGUGAGGACGGACUCGCAAGCUGUCAAGGACUUGGCCGUCAUUGUCGAAUCGCUCCUCAACGAUGAGCUGCCCGCACUGGAGCACAGCCCUAUGUACAUUGUUGGCGAGUCCUACGGUGGCAAGCACGCCGCUAUGCUCGGCGUCUCUCUGUCAAGGGCCAUCCGCGCGGGCACGCUCAAGCUCACGCUUGGUGGUGUUCUGCUUGGGGAUUCCUGGAUCUCACCAGCUGACUUCUCGCUCUCAUAUGCACAGCUACUGCAUUACGUGUCGAGGCUCAACGACAACGCUGUCGCAGAUGUCAACAAAAUGGCUGUAAUGGUAAAGGAGCAGAUGUUAGCAGGGCAGUAUGCCACAGCGCGCCAAACAUUUACUGAUCAACUGGAUUUGAUAGACUCCCAGACUGACAGCGUGAAUAUGAACAACUUCUUGCUUGACGCUGGCAUGAACCUGGUGUUGACAGACAGCAAUUUAAAGACAAACUCGUCAUCAAACAGAACCACCGAGGAGUCUGGGUCCGCCCCUAACAACACUAUUGAUGGCGACAUGAAUGGUCCUAUCAAGAAAAUGUUCAAGCUCAUCCCCAAGGGUCUCUUCUGGCAAGAGGCGUCAAUUGACGUAUACGAUGCGCUGGUCAAUGACUUCAUGAAGCCAGCAAUUGAACAGGUUGAUGAGUUGCUCUCGCAUGGUGUGAACGUGACAGUGUACCAAGGCCAGCUGGAUGUGAUAUGCUCAACAAUUGGUGCUGAAGCAUGGGUGCGAAAACUCAAAUGGUCUGGUCUGAGGGACUUCUUGAGCCUGCGCAGGAAGCCACUGCAUUUCUGUGACUCCGCCAUAUACUGUUCCAAAGAAAUUAAGGCCUAUGUUAGGUCGUACAAGAACUUCGAGUUCUACUGGAUUCUUGAAGCUGGCCACAUGGUGCCGGUUGACCAACCUUAUACUGCGUUCCGAAUGAUUGCUAGGGUCACACAGUCUGCAGGCAUAAUCUAGAUAAUCUUCCAUGUAACACGGAUGGCAAUUAGAGCAAACCCACUGUGAGGACAAAAAUUUAGAAUGUGAGAGCUACUAUGCCGUUCAUGGAGCUUAACUCCAGUUCAAAUUAGUGAUGUACUUGACGAUAACAUGUAUUCGCAGGAAAGUUCUUGCACAACCCAAGUAGACUCUUGGUCCAAUUAAUAGACAUAUAGGAUGCAAAA